AAAAAAAAAAAAAAAUUUCCAUCCUCCUCCCAAUAUCAUCCCCAUCUCAAUCAUCACAUCACCUCGCAUCUCUUCCUAUUUUCCCAAAUCCAUCCUUUUCAUAUUUACUAUACAUACCAUGGCCGCACCCCCCACUUCGUUGUUGGAGCGCAUUCAGCGGCCGGAGGUGAGCAAGGAGACGGCGAAGAAGAUCGCGUUGGUUGAGCAGCAGUUUAUUCGCGCCGAGGUCGAGCAGUUGCGCCAGUCCACCCGUCUCCUGCAGCCCCUCUUCGAGAAGCGCAGCGAGGUGAUCAACGAGCCCGAUGUGCGCGAUAUCUUCUGGACCCGCGUGUUCCUGAACGCGCCCGCCGAGAUCGAGGAGUACAUUACGCUGCCGGACGCGACCAUUCUGGCCUCCACGCUGACGAACCUGACCGUGGAGCGGUUCGAGAUCGACGCCCAGGGCCAGGGCGAGCCCCGCAGCUUCCGCGUCACUUUUGAGUUCCGCACCGGCGACGAGAACCCCUACUUCACCAACGAGAAGCUCGUCAAGGAGUUCUACUGGCGCAAGCAGGUUCUCACCACCACCCAGGGCCACAAGCGCACCUGGGACGGUCUGGUCUCGGAGCCCGUUCGCAUCAACUGGAAGGAGGGUCAGGAUCCCACCAACGGUCUGCUCGACCUGGCUUGCGACCUGGCUGAGGCGGAGAAGAAGGGUGGAGAGCGCCAGAAGCUGCCCGAGUUCACCAAGCUCGUCGAGAAGAAGGAGGAGCUGGAGGCUGCCGCUGAGCAUGACCACGACCACGACGAUGAUGAGGACCACGAGUGUGGAGGCCCCGAGGACAGCAUGAGCUUCUUCUCGUUCUUCGGAUACCGUGGCAGCGAUGUCACCGCCGAGCAGUCCAAGGUCGCGACCAAGGAGGAUGAGGAGAAGUUCCAGAAGCUCCUGAAGGGCGAGUUGGUUGAGGAGGACGAGGACGACGACUCGGAUGAUGACGACGUCGAGGAUGACUUUGAUGACAUCGAGAUCUUCCCUCCCGGUGAGGAGCUCGCCAUCGCCAUCGCCGAGGACCUCUGGCCCAACGCUCUCAAGUACUAUGGUGAGUACCGCGACCGUCACAUUUCAAUAAUGCCAUACUGACUUGACUGUCCAGUCACGGACCAAUCCGCCGAGGGACUCGACUUCGACGACAGCGAGCUCGAAUUCGACGGCGACGAGGAGGAGGCCCCCCUCUCAAGCGCACCAAGGUCUAAGCCCGCAACCACCAAGUCUUGAAUAACGCAAUUGUAUCCAUAUGUUUCCAUGUCUUAAAGAACAAUGAGCAGGAUGAGGAGGAGCACCAAAACGAAUAUCAGGACGGCGAUGCAAAACGACGACAUUGUAU